AUGCCAUCCCGCCAUUACAUUGUUGAAAAAGGCAUCCCAGCCCUGCACACCAAGGUGCGUGAACAAGUGCAGCGGCACCUAAAGGAGGCUACCUCAAUCGCCCUCACCACAGACCUGUGGAGUUCAAGUGUAGCCCCGAUGUCGCUCCUCAGUCUGACCGCCCACUGGAUAGACUCCAGUUUUACUUUGCACAACGUGGUGCUACAUGCAAGUGAGCUGCGUGGCUCUCACACUUCAAUGCGUAUCCGGAAUACUAUAGAAGAGAUGCUCGCCAAGUGGGACAUCGAUAAUGACAAGGUGCAUGUUGUUAUGAGGGACAACGCCGCCAACAUGAAGAAGGCAUUUGCAGACAUGGGGGUGCAGAGCCUGGGCUGUUUCGCACACACACUCCAACUCGUGGUCAUCCAAGGCCUUCUCGCCCAGCGAAGCAUCAUCGAUGCUGUCGCCAACGCACGGAAGCUUGUGGGUCAUUUUAAGCAUUCCCCAAAGGCCUACUCCAUCCUCGAAGACAUUCAGAAAGACCUGCACAUGCCAACACAACGACUCCAGCAGGACGUGUCAGUCAGAUGGAACAGUACUCAGUACAUGAUACUGAGCCUUCUUCAGCAAAAGAGGCCGCUCAGUGUCUAUGCAGCGGAUCACGACCUUCCAUGCAUGCCCUCUGCCAACCAAUGGGCGCUUAUGGAGAAGGCAGUUGUGGUCUUGAGUCCAUUUGAAGAGCUGACAAGGGCAGUGAGUGCUGCGACUGCAAGUGCCGCGGAUGUGAUCCCUGCAAUAACUGUCCUCAAGCGUCAUCUUUCCUGUGAAGAGAGCACAGAUGCUGGAAUCAAGACUAUGAAGAGAACACCUCUUGAGGCUAUCACUGAGCGCUUCGACUAUGCUGAGACUGAACCAAUCUACUCCGUUGCUACAUUGGUUGACCCAAGAUACAAAGAUAGAUUCUUCACAAGUCCAGACCACCAGGAGCUUGCCAAGGAGGCUCUCAUUAGAGAGGUGGAGAUCAUGGAGAGAAAGAGGAAGGCUGGCAGUGAGGUGUCUGCAGAAGAGCCUCCAAGAAAGUCACCACGUCGAGGCGGUGUAGGCUGUGCAGCUGCAAACAGCAGCUUUGUCAGUCUAUAUGACGAGAUCUUGGAGGGGAAUGUGGUGGAGUCGAGGCCUGUGAGUACGUCAGCAGUCGUCACUCAGGUGGAGGCCUACCUGGCUGAACAAACCAUCCCAAGGUCAGAGAAUCCUCUACACUACUGGCGGGCACAUGCUACACAGCGACCCACACUGGCUGAUACAGCCAUGAAGUUUCUUUGUGCACCUUGUACAUCGGUGGACAGUGAGAGACUGUUUAGUGCAGUGUAG